AUGCGAGCUGCUAGAGUGUCCUUGCCGUCGGCUGUGUGCGAAUCCUCAUCCAAUAUGGCGUUCCGCGUCUCUAGAUCGUCAAUGCCACUCGCAAAGAGCUUCAUUUCAAGGCGGGCCCUCACCACCGGUGCUGCUCUUGGUCUCCGCGCUGCUCAGUCACCUCUCCUCUCCUAUAGGCCCAUUACUACCACCAACUUCCCAAGGCUGCCGGCGACAAUAAUACACCAGGCUCUUGGCCUCAACACGAGAUCGUUUGGAACGUCCAACGGAAUAUCCCGAAACCAGCUGGCCACCGUCGAAGAGUCGGCGAACCGGAACCCCGGCAACGCCAACCUGCAGAAUGCCUUCUACCAGCUCCUGCUCCGCGCCAACAUGCCCGGCAUCCUCGUCGAACGAUACCAGUCUGGCCGCUUCGCAACAAAUGCCGCCACCGAGGAGGCGUAUAGAAAGGCUCUGGGCACCCUGAAUGCGGGAACCAACAAUGUCAGCGCUGCCAUGGGCAGUCAGACCGCCGCGACUCAGGGCGCAUGGGGUCAGACAAACCAGGGCUUUCCCCAGGCUGGCGCCAACGGCAACUUUGGCAACGCCUCCAUGGGCGGCAAAAUGGAGCCUGUUCAUGUCGUUGUUCAGGAAUCAUCUCGAUCAGUCAUUUUCCGCUGGGUCAAGUUCUUUGCCACUUUUCUGCUUGUCACGUACAUGUGCUUUGCGGUUGUGACGUUGCUUAUUGAGACGUUGACCUCGUUCCGACGUACCGCUCCCGGCAAGGUCGACUCGGAAGUCAAGGCCGAGAAGCAGACCACUAGACUUGCCGAUGUCCACGGCUGCGACGAAGCCAAGGAGGAGCUGGCUGAAGUAGUAGAGUUUCUCCGUAACCCGGAAAAGUUCUCUGACCUCGGUGCAAAGCUCCCCAAGGGUGUCCUGCUAGUUGGCCCUCCCGGUACUGGAAAGACGCUUCUUGCUCGUGCCGUUGCUGGUGAGGCCGGCGUGCCCUUCUUUUACAUGUCUGGUAGUGAAUUCGACGAGAUUUACGUUGGUGUUGGUGCCAAGCGCGUCCGCGAGCUCUUUGAAGCAGCCAAAAGCAAGGCUCCCGCCAUCAUCUUCAUUGACGAACUGGAUGCUAUUGGUGGCAAGAGAAACCCCCGCGACCCGGCCCACGCUAAGCAAACCCUGAACCAGCUGCUCACCGAACUCGACGGCUUCGACCAGGAGACAAAGAUUGUUAUCAUGGGUGCGACCAACUUGCCCAAGCUCCUCGACAAGGCUCUUGUCCGCCCCGGGCGUUUUGAUCGCCACAUCAACGUUGGACUCCCCGACUACCGCGGCCGUCUUGCCAUUCUGCAGCACCACGCCAAGAAGCUCAAGAUGUCUCCCGAUAUCGACUUGGCAGCCAUUGCUGCUCGCUCUCCUGGACAGUCUGGUGCUGAGCUUGAGAACAUGCUCAACGUGGCUGCUCUCCGUGCUAGCCGCGCCAAGGCUCACUUUGUUUCCAAGAAGGACCUUGACUGGGCAUAUGACCGUGUCAUGAUGGGCUCUGAGAAGAAGUCUAUGAUGGUGAGCGAAAAGGAAAAGGAGAUGACUGCCUACCAUGAGGCUGGCCAUGCGCUUGUCCAGCUCUUCGACAAGGAAAGCCCCAAGACGCUGUACAAGGUCACUAUUCUUCCCAAGGGCCAGUCUCUUGGCCACACUGCACACCUCCCGCAAACAGACAAGUACUCGCAUACUGCUGCUGAGUACAUGUCCGAUAUCCGCGUCCUCCUUGGUGGCAAGAUGGCCGAGGAGAUGCGCUAUGGCGACGACCGUGUGACGUCUGGUGUGUCCAACGAUCUGGAGCGCGCGACUGACCUGUGCUUCAUGAUGGUGACCAUGUUUGGCAUGUCUAAUGCUCUUGGACCUGUCGAGUACGGCCGCCGCUACGAGCACUUGAGCUCCGAGACACGCUCAACGAUUGAGACCGAGGUCCAAAACACGCUCAAAGGUUCGUACGAAGACGUGCGCAAGAUCCUGACGGAGCGCAGAAAGGAGCUCGACUACCUGGCUCAGGCCCUCGUCAAGUACGAGACGCUGGAUAAGGCUGAGGUGGAAAAGGUCAUUCGCGGCGAGUCGCUUCCCGGGCGUCCUAUUAUGCCGAAGGGUGGUCUGACGGUGCCCAUUCCCGACGAGGACCGCCAGCCUCCUGGCCUGGGAGGCAGCGUUUCUCAGACACCCGAGUCGCCACCUCCCGCUACGGCGUAG